GCACUGACAGUAAUGUAAACACAAAGACUAUGUCGACGAACUGUAUUCCCGUGAAAUCUCGAAUAUUCAACAAAACAACGCAAUGGCAGAGUGCGCUUCUAGAAAAAAAUGGGGAUGUGCAAUGUCAAGAUUAUUCACGAAUUAUCGGCUUGAUUAGAACAACAACAAAAAUUAUCACGUCGGGUGACGUUCGCCGGCUGCGUUUCGAGAAUUUUCUACUCAACGCUAGAUGUCGCUGUCAGCAGAUAUAAAUACGAGCGCGAGCAGUCUUUGACAUACAAGUUUGAAAUAAACGCAUCUAAUCUUCAAAGCGCUCACGAGCUCUUGGAGUUAUUAAUUGUACUUUCUACAAAAAAUGUCGCUGCUACCAUUCAUGUUUGGUUACGAAUCACCACGCUACCGUUACUGGCCAAGACGAUUACUGGAUCAAGAUUUCGGACUGUCAUUAACACCAGAUGAUCUGCUCACUACUGUCGCGUGCCCUCUGAUGUCUCAGGACUACUACAGACCAUGGAAACAACUGGCUGCCGCCGCUCGUGACAUCGGAUCCAACAUAAAGGUCGACAAAGACAAGUUCCAGGUGAAUCUCGACGUGCAGCAUUUCGCACCUGAAGAGAUCUCAGUGAAGACGGCAAAUGGGUAUAUCGUGGUGGAAGGCAAACACGAGGAAAAGAAAGACGAGCACGGAUACAUCUCGAGACAAUUUGUAAGGCGGUAUGCGCUGCCCGAGGGUACGCUACCAGAGACGGUCGAGUCGCGACUCUCGUCCGACGGUGUCCUUACCAUUAUCGCGCCCAGGAAAGUUGUCGACGCUGUUAAAGGAGAGAGGGUGGUCCCCAUCGCGCAGACAGGCCCUGUCAGGAAGGAAAUAAAGGAUCAAAGCGAACCAGAUGUUACUGAGAAAAAAUAAUCUAAGUGAAGCUGUAAGUAAAGUGUUCCUAACUUUUGUAUUACCAAUGUAUUCUCAAAGUAUUGUAUUGUGAGACUGAUUAUUGAUUAAUUAGUGAAUGUUAUUUUAUUUAAAUAAAUUAAGAACAUAUAAAU